AUGGCUAUCCGUCGAGUAUUUGGCUCGCUUCGAGCAUCACCAGAGUUUGCGGAGGCAAUUCGUUCCCAUUGGAUUUUUAGACGAAACCAGUCGGUUGGACACCGUAAUCGUACUGGUUCUAAAUUCUGUGGCCAUUUUGAUCUGUGGCUCACUGACGAGAUUACCGAGAUUGCCUCGCAACUUGCAGUAGCGCCGUCGUUCAACCCACCAGCUCUGCUCGCAACACAAAUUGCUACAACAGAGACAUUUGGAAUCAUUCCCAUCGACAGGAAGACUGCAGCCGACUACGGGAUUGUGACGCUCCCAAACAUCCGUGUCGACGGCGUUCCAGAGUACCAUGACAUGCCGGUUCACACGUUGAUGCUCCUAUUCACGCGGCGGACUAACGUCUAUCGCCAUCUUCAGCUUCGACAACGAGCAUUGUAUCCCGUUCUCCCUGUGGCAACUCAGGCCGAGUACCGUAAAUUCAAAGAAGAGAUUAAUAAUCCUACUUGGAAGAAGAACUCAAGACGUUCAGUUGCACCGCACGAGGCCAACAAAGCCAUUGACUUUGAACGGUUUGCCGUUUUCUGGAAUAACCUUGUGAACACCCAAGAUCAGACUAUUUGCGAUCCCGAGCGUCGCUUGUACUCCAAAUUACCGCAGCAACUUGAGGCGCACCACAAGAAGGUGAUUGCGUACAAGAUGGAGCGUUCGACAUUGUUCAUGGGCGAGAACGCAUCGGCACUGCAGCCGUUCAACAACCUUGUUACUGCCAUCAAUGACACAAUCUUGUUUCUCCCAGCUGUUGCGCUCCCAAACUCGACUGUUGAUGACACAACAAAAGAUCUCGAUGAUCUUGCAGCCAUCAGCCGAAAUGCAGCAACAGACAUUCUUGCCACGGAUCGUGUCAUCGUCUCGAAUCCCAACGACUUCGUUUCACAACAGGACCCUGAUGAAGAUGUCCCGCAACCGGAUGGAUCUUCAAUACAACCCAGUCAGCACAAUACCAAGACACAAGUGUCCACGGAUGUCGAUACAGCACCACAAGUUGUGACACUUCCGACCGCCAGCUCAUCGUCAACUCAUGUCCCAAGGGAUUCCGCAACGCUCUCCGUUCCGAUGCAAACACAACUAACAGUCGGUCACGGAUCCGUUGGAUUCGAACUCGCAAGUGGGCGAACACUCACUGAGAAGCCAAAGAAGCGAUGCGCCAGAUGCGUCGCCGUGAUGUGUCCCAAACGGAGCACAUGUCCCGGUUGCUCAAAUAGGAACAACUGCAAAUGUCUACCUCCGCACCCGGAAGUACAAAAGGGUAGGAAGGCACGGCUUCACGAGCAUGUCAUCCAGAAGCGGCUCAUGGACAGAAACGUUAGCGAUAACAUGGCUUGA